AUGCAUUGUCCAAGCUGUUUUGCUAUUAACUUUACACUGGACGUGGUUGCAUACACAAUGGCUAAAUCUAACUUGGAGCUGGUCGAUGAAUGCGAUAAAUUUCCCUAUUACGAAGACAACCCCGCAUUCUAUGCAGCCCACUUAAAGAAACACCACGCCUUCAGGGUCAAUGGCUGCGAUGCGGUAUUGGGAUACAUACUCAACUCGGCCGUGGCCAAGUUCCACUGGCCCGCUGAAUAUUGGACGGUGGACUCUACAAACCAAACCGUUACACUGAACACUGCUCCAGAUGCAACUCCGGAACAGCGCAGCAAGGUCAUGGAUGAGACUCUUAGAGCGGAGGCCAAACGGGGAAAUUUUGAGGUUCUAAAAGGGUGGCGGAAUGAGAUGUACGCCGUUUAUGCCCCCGGGGGUAAGUUCUUGCUCGAGAUGGAACGGUGCGCCACCCCGUUGUUUGGUGUUGUGUCUUAUGGUGUGCACGCCACCUGUUACGUGGAAGACGAGCACGGUCUGCAGUUCUGGGUGCCUAAGCGCGCAAAGACCAAGCAGACAUACCCUGGAAUGCUUGAUAACUCCGUGGCCGGGGGAAUGAGCACCAAUGAACGCCCCUUUGAAUGUCUUGUUCGUGAAGCAGAGGAAGAGGCAUCUCUGCCCGAGGACGUCACCAGGGCCGCUGCCAAGUCAGUAGGUUGUGUUUCGUAUUUCUAUGUGCGGGACUCUCGGGCCGGAGGCGAAGUCGAUCUGCUACAACCAGAGGUAGAUGACGGCGAAGUGGAAGAAUUUAAGCUGUAUACUGUUGAAGAAACGAAGAAGGCUCUAGCAAACGGGGAGUUCAAGCCCAAUUGCGCAGUCGUCUUCAUUGAUUUCUUCAUCAGACAUGGUAUCUUGACCCCUGAGAAUGAACCCGACUAUUUCCAGAUCCUGACAAGGAUGCACCGCCGCUUUGAAUUCCCAACAGCGUCACAUUUCGCACACUGA